GAGAAACAGUAAAACGCUUUCGUGUGAAUAAUUUUGAAAGCAGAAAAAUAUAUAGCCUUACAUCGCAGAGGCUGUUUACGAAUUUUACAUUAAAUUCAAGUCAAAUAAAGGCAUUACUUACUACAAGAAGGCUGUAACUACAGGCGUGAACCAAUGUGGGACUAUGCUUCGACCCGUUAUGAUCGAAUCUAUCUGGUCUGAGUUCAGCGCCCUGUCGGGAUUGAGGAUGACUGUCCGUCAGCAGGUGCUUGCGCUAAACCUGGCGCUGCUCUACUGUCUCCAGCUCACGUGCGCUCAAACCCAGGAAGUGUCGGUGUGCUCGGGCACCCAGAAUUCCCUGAGUGUGAGCAUGGUUCCCGAGGUGCAGUAUAAAAUCAUGCGGGACAUGUACAGCGGCUGCCAGAUUGUCAUGGGCAACCUGGAGAUCACCCACAUGGAGCAGCACCAUAACUUCAGCUUCCUCCAGUCGAUCCGAGAGGUGACGGGCUACAUCCUCAUCGCGAUAAACGAGUUCCCCCACCUGCCGCUGGCCCAGCUGCGGGUGAUCCGCGGGAACUCGCUGUACGAGGGACGAUUCGCUCUCUACGUGCUGCUCAACUACAAGAAGGACGGGAACUACGGCCUCCGAGAGCUGGGACUCACACACCUGACCGAGGUCCUGAGGGGAGGCAUUAGCAUCACCCGGAACAAGUUCCUGAGCUACGCCCCCCAGGUCAACUGGGCGGACAUUGUGAGGGACAGCAGUGCCCCCAUCCUGAUUGAAGACAAUGGCCAGAAACAGGGAUGUCACAUAGCUUGUCGAGGACACUGCUGGGGACCUGAAGAAGAACAGUGCCAGAUCUUGACAAAAACGGUGUGUGCCCCACAGUGUGGCGGUCGUUGUUUUGGGACAGGCCCCAGUGAGUGCUGUCAUGCAGAGUGUGCGGGGGGCUGCUCUGGCCCACAGGACACAGACUGCUUUGUCUGCAGUCACUUCAAUGAUUCGGGAGCCUGUGUGCCACAGUGCCCUCAGCCCUUCAUCUAUAACAGACAGACUUUCCAAAUGGAGCCCAACCCUGGAGCCAAGUACCAGUACGGCUCCAUCUGCGUGUCCCAGUGCCCCACGCACUUUGUGGUGGAUAGGAGCUCGUGUGUGAGUCGCUGCCCCCCGGACAAGAUGGAGGUGAAGAAGGAUGGGCUGAAACAGUGUGAACUGUGCAGAGGGCUCUGUCCCAAAGCUUGCCAGGGUACUGGUUCUCCUGAUAGACAGACGGUGGAUUCCAGAAACAUUGACAGCUUCAUAAACUGCACCAAGAUCCAGGGAAGCCUCCACUUCCUGACCAUCGGCAUCUCUGGGGAUGACUAUCACAACAUCUCAGCCCUGGACCCAGAGAAACUCAACAUUUUCCGCACAGUUCGAGAGAUCACAGAUGUCCUGAGUAUCCAGUCUUGGCCAAAAGAAGUGAAGGAUCUGUCUGUGUUUUCCAACCUCACCGCCAUACAGGGACGGUCACUGACCAAGGGUUACGCUCUGUUGGUGAUGAAGCUCCCCUCUCUCGUAUCUCUGGGUCUGCGGUCCCUGAGGGAGAUCAAUGAUGGGGGUAUUUACAUCAGUGGGAAUGAGAACCUCUGUUUCCAUCACACGGUCAACUGGACCCAGCUGUCUACUGGAGCCAAAACACACAACCGACUGUACACCAUCAAGAACAACAGAGCCCUGAGGGACUGCACUGUAGAGGGGCACGUGUGUGACCCGCUGUGUUCAGACGCUGGGUGUUGGGGUCCGGGGCCAGAGCAGUGUCUCUCCUGUAAGAACUACAGCCGAGGAGGAACCUGUGUCCCCCACUGCCGCUUCCUCACAGGGGAGCCGCGGGAGUUUGCGGGGUUGAAGAAGGAGUGUGUGGCCUGUCACUCUGAGUGUGAGGUGCAGGAGGGCAUAGUCAGCUGUGCAGGACCCGGGUCCGAUGAGUGCGUGUCCUGUUCCAGUUUGCGGGACGGCCCCCGCUGUGUGCCCUCCUGCCCCAGUGGGGUGAUGGGAGAGAAUGGGCCCAUCUUCAAAUACCCCAAUGCCCAGGGCAGCUGUGAGUCGUGCCACACCAACUGUACUCAGGGGUGUUCUGGUCCCAGUCUGAGUGACUGCUCCACAGACAGAGAUGAUACCAGCUCCCACACAGCGGCCAUCGUGUGUGGUGUGUUGGCGUGUCUGAUCGUGGGGCUGUCCGUCUUCGUGUUGAGCGUGCUGUACCAGCGGGGUCUGGCCAUCCGCCGCAAACGAGCCAUGAGGCGCUACCUGGAGAGCGGAGAGAGUUUGGAGCCCCUGGACGCGGGGGAGAAAGGGCCGAGGGCCCACACUCGGAUCCUGAGGUCUGCAGAGCUACGGAAGGUGAAGCUCCUGGGCUCAGGGGUGUUCGGAACCGUGCACAAGGGGGUGUGGCUUCCUGAGCGGGACUCUGUGAAAAUCCCAGUGGCCAUAAAAACCAUACAGGACCGCUCCGGCAGACAGACUUUCACCGAGGUCACAGAUCACAUGCUGGCGAUGGGGAGUCUAGACAGCCCGUAUGUGGUCAGGCUGUUAGGCGUCUGUCCAGGUGCCUGUCUGCAGCUGGUCACCCCACUCAGCUCCCAGGGGUCCUUACUGGAGCACAUCAGGCAGCACCAGGACAGCCUGGACCCCCAACGACUGCUAAACUGGUGUGUGCAGAUUGCCAAGGGCAUGUUUUAUUUGGAGGAGCAUCACAUGGUCCACAGGAACCUAUCAGCACGCAAUGUCCUGCUGAAGACUGACUACAUCGUACAGGUGUCUGACUACGGCAUCGCCGACCUGCUCUACCCUGAUGAAAAGAAGUACUUCUACAGUGACGUCAAGGCCCCAAUAAAAUGGAUGGCUUUGGAGAGCAUAUUGUUCCGCAGAUACACACAUCAGAGUGACGUCUGGAGCUAUGGGGUCACAGUGUGGGAGAUGAUGUCAUUUGGGGAGGAACCAUACACUACGACACGCCCCCAGGAAGUGCCUGACCUGCUGGAGAAGGGGGAGCGCCUGGCCCAGCCCCCGAUCUGCACCAUCGAUGUGUACAUGGUCAUGGUGAAGUGUUGGAUGAUUGAUGAGAACGUUAGGCCUACCUUCAAGGAACUGGCCAAUGAAUUCACACGGAUGGCUAGAGACCCGCCCCGUUUCCUUGUGAUGAAGAUUCAGAACAGCCCAUCAGAACGAGCUGCAGACGAACCCCUCGCGGGAGGAGUGGAGGCGGGGCCAGCAGACCCAGAAGGGGCAGGGCUGGACGAUGUCACGGCCACACGCCCUUUUUACUGGUCCCUGAGGAGGAGCGGCUCACGCCAGCGUUCAGAGUCUCACAGGAGUGUGAACACUCCGUCCGGCCCUGCAGAGUAUCUGCCGAUGACCCCCAGCAAAGGAGACACCCCCCUACAGGUGAGGUCACCUGGCCCCCGCUUCAGCUCGACAAGGACUGUGUCAGAGAGCUCAGAGGGGCAGAGGGAGAGUGUCUCAUUGGCUGGCGGCCUGCGAGGGCUGCGGCCCCGUACGGACAGUGUGAAGGGCCUCCCCCGCCUGGGGACCCCACCCCCAGGUACAGAGGAGGACCCCCACGGAUACGUGCUCCUGGGCACAACCCACGCCCCAGAGAGAGACAGUCUCCUGUCUCGAUCAGCCACACGAGAUGCUCCGCCUGGUGGGAGGGGCUCGAGGGGUCCUCUGACUCCGCCCAGAUCCUUCACAGACUCUGCCUCCGAGGCGUACGAAUGCAUGGACAGCCAGACUCCACUGCGCCCUCUCUCUCUCUCGCCCCGGCAGAGCAGCAGGAAGCAGGCCAUCCUGCCCUGCAGUACCUGUCUCUCAACAAGUGGGGGAGCUGCAGAGCAGCAAAACCUGGGAGAGAAUGCAGCAGAGCGCAAUGACAUGUCGCAGCCAGCAGAGGGAGACAGAGACAAGGAAGAGGAGACUGCAGACUUUCCCAGAGCAGAUUCUAAAGGCCAAUCAGAAGCAGAUUCAGUGCAGUACGAAUGCAUGGACGCCCAAAACAUUGAUCUUAACUGCAGUGAAUGUGAGGACAACCCCCAAAAGAGGGGCGACCAAUUGGCAGGGGCAGAGGGAGAGGAUGGAGUUGAGCAAAGGGAGGGAAGCGAGAAGAGUGAGGAAGAGGAGGAGGAAGAGUAUCAGUACUCAAACAACCAGCCCAGACUGCAAGGGAGGGUUGGGGUCGAAGGUUGCUGCGCUGGAGAAGCAGAGCUGUUUGAGUACGAGGAGAUGGAGGCGCUGGCUGUGGCCCGUGACGGCCAGGGAGACCGGGCGGAGUACCAGAACGUGCGGGAGGUGGGGGGGCCUGGGAGGGGCCUGCAGGCAGGGGUUAGGGGGCCCCUGAGGGUGCGGGCGGGGGUGGGGGAGCCGGGCGGGGGGGACUGCUCCUUUGACAACCCUGAGUACUGGCACAGCCGUCUACUGCUGAAGCCGAAAGCUGUACGCACGUAACGGUCAAAGCCCCACGAUGUACAGAUGUAACGGUCAUAGCCUGACGCUGUACAGAUGUAACAGUUAAAGCCUGCCGCUGUACAGACGUAACGGUCAACGCCCCACGCUGUACAGACCUAACAGUCGAAGCCCCACGCUCUACAGACCUAACAGUCAAAGCCCCACGCUGUACAGAUGUAGCGGUCAUAGCCUGCCACUCUACAGAUGUAACAGUUAAAGCCUGCCGCUGUACAGACGUAACGGUCGACGCCCCACGCUGUACAGACCUAACGGUCAAAGUCCCACGCUGUACAGACCUAACGGUCAAAGUCCCACGCUGUACAGAUGUAACGGUUAAAGCCCCAUGCUGUACGGUCAAUGCCUGCCGCUGUACAAAGGGUCAGGAACAGAAAGUGUGGAGGGAGAACCACACCAAAAGAUACCUGGCUUUCACCUUUAAGCUUUUUUUGUGACUGGAAGGGUCAAACCCUUCCUUUUAUCAGGCAGUUAAAGUUAACUAUUUCGGUCCCAAGAGUGCCUUAUCGCACUCAAGCGUAACUACUGUAAAAUCCUGACCUUAUACCUUUUCAACCAAUCAAAACGACUGCUAUACUAUUGAUUUGAGCCCCUAUUAAAAACCUACUAAAUUAUCUCAAUUUUCUCAACCAAAGUCAAAACCCCUUGGGACUUGGGUGGAGCCUCUUCAUUCUGGGCUUGGGACCAAACGGGUUUACACACGAUUCCUCACAUCUGUCUGAAAGCCAGUUUGCUGCUGUGCUGUUGUUUUUCUGUUCCUUUUUUUACAGUAUUCUGACUGCAAAUCAAAGGGGAAUAAAUCAAUCCACCUGUUAUCAUGCUGAAAAUAAAUUUAGCUGUGUGUUCUUACAUGACAGGCAAGUAUUUCCAUAUUUCUGAUUUUAAAUAAGGUUCUACACUUACACCAUAGGCCUAAGUGUACACAACCUGUGUGUAUGUGCAAGUGAAGGACACCCAGUGAGCACUUUAUUAGGUAUUUUAUAUUAUUCUUUAUAUAUUAUUUUAUAUAUUAGGCUAUUAUGUUUUCUGCUGCUGUAGCCUAUCCACUUAGAGGUUGUGUGUGUGUGAUGCAUUAUGUGUUUGAGAUGCUCUUCUGCAUACCACUGCAACCAAUAUGUGGUUAUUUGCAUUACGCUCACCUUCCUCUCUGCUUCGACCAGUCUGGUCGUUCUCCUCUGACCUCACUCAUUAACAAUACAAUUUUGCCCACAGAACUGCUGCUCACUGGAUGUUUUUUGUUUUUCGCACCAUUCUCUGUAAACUCUAGAGACUGUUGUUUGUGAAAAUCCCAGAAGAACAGCAGUUUCUGAGUUACUCAAACCACCCUGUGUGGCACCAACAAUCAUUGCACGGUCAAAGUCACUUAGAUCACAUUUCUUCCCCAUUCUGACAUUUGGUCUGAAUCAACUGAACCGCUUGACCAUGCCUGCAUGCUUUUAUGCAUUUAGUUGCUGCCACAUGAUUAACUGAUUAAAUAUUUGCUUUAACAAGAUGGUAUACAGGUCUACCUACUAAAGUGGUCACUGAGUGUAUAUUACUGUGUUAAGUGCAGGAUAAUAAAGGAAAUAUCAUUGUGGAAGAUGGCAGAAGAUGUUGUGUACACUCCUCAUAUCAGAACUAAUUGCACAGCCGUUGGGCCCUUGAGCAAGGCCCUUAACCCUGCAUUGCUCCGGGGGAGGAUUGUCUCCUGCUUAGCCUAAUCAAGUGUAUGUCGCUCUGGAUAAGAGCGUCUGCCAAAUGCCAAUAAUGUAAUGUAAUGUAAUUAUAUUAUUGUGUGUUUUUUAUAUCAAUAUGUAUUUUUUUAAUUAUGAGAAUUAAAAUAUACAAAAUAUAAUUUUUUAAAAUAGAA